UUCAUGCGGAAAGGUUUUCUUCUAUAACAUGUUCCCACACGGACACAUUUAUAGUUGGUUACGAAUGGAGGAAGUUUUGUUUUGCGGUGUCGAAAAUGUCAGGCCUGUCAGAAACAGAGCGCUCUGGAUGUGCAAAGAUCCUGAAGUUAAUGUCGGAUGACCACUUACUAUCGCUGUGUGACACAGUCACGAAUAAGAUGAUAGUUGUGGAAAGUUAUACAGAGGCCAUGAAAACCAUCCUCACCUUCACUAGCAAUGCCCAGGAGCUCCUGAAAAGGAAGAAGGUUUUUCGCGACCUCAUAUUCAAGUACCUGGCCAAAGAGGGUGUGGUGAUGCCCCCCAACAGCGAGAAACACCAGCUGGUGAAAAGGACACUGGAGCUUUGGUCGUCUGGGAAGACGGAUGAGACUAGACCGAGACCGACCACAGAGGUGAAGGCUGAGGUGGCCUUUGACCCACUGGUACUUGGCCAGCAGUUCUGCCAGUGGUUCUUCCAACUCCUAAACAGUCACAACCCCUCGCUGGGCCAGCCGCCUCAGGACUGGGGGCCGCAACACUUCUGGCCAGAUGUGAAGCUACACCUCCUCUCCAGAGCUGGCAGUGGACAGAUCGAGGAUUUCCUUGGAGCUGAACUGGUUAGCCUCCGUCUGUUAGCCUUGACCAGGGAAGAACACCUCCUCCUCAGUCCCAAUCUGCAGCCUCAUGGCCUCAGGACGCUGGCCUCCCCCCACGGCCAGGUACUGGUGGCUGUAGCUGGGACCAUCCACAGAGACAAAGCCUGUCUGGGAAUUUUUGAGCAAAUCUUUGGCCUCAUCCGCUCCCCACUGGAGAAUAACAGCUGGAAGAUCAAGUUUGUCAACCUGAAGAUCAAAGGGCAGGACGCUCUGGGUGGGACUGAGAUGGUAGCGCCUGCCUUGAGUUACAACUCAACUGAAUUGCAGCUUCUAUGCAAUUGAUAACACUUGUUCUUUUAUAUUAUUUACCCAGAUAAUAUUUAACUGAGUAUGCUCUGUAGUUACUCAUCUAAAUUGCCCAAACAUGUUUAUCCAGGGAGUUGUUUUCAGAGAUCAGGACCUGGCAACUUGUACUGGACAAACCCCUCUCCUCCCUUUUUUAGUGUGUCAAGGUGUACAGGUAGGUGGACAUCUAAAAGUUAUUUGCACUUCACUGAUGUAACAUAAAGAAACGACAACGCUUGAGAAAAGGUUCCCUUAUUGUUUUCUACUUUCCAGAAAAUGGAAAUCUCAACUGCUUCUUGAUGUGGAAACAUUUUGCAAACUGUGCUGUCCCUUGAUGCAAAUUUGUGCUUUUGCACCCUGUGCAUUACAUAAGAUAACAUGUAAAUACAGAUUUAGAUGUGGUUUUGUAAAUAUGUAUAAUAUCAAAUAUAAAGAUUAUUUAAAUGUGUGUCCACUUGUGAUCAGAUAUGACAAGGUCACCCACGAGCAAACAAUAAAUAUUGUGUGUUUUCA